GUCUUUUCUUCCUUCGAGCAGCUUCUCCGUUUCUCUCUUUAUUUUCUUCUGUAAAUCAGAGAGUUGUAAUCGCAGUGGAUCCUCGGUAGAAGACAGGAAGACAGGAAUGGAGGAAUAUAACAGCAGCAGCGAGAGCUCAUUCAACUCUGAAGAAGUUGAUAAUAUUGUCAAAGAGUGUAUUGAAGGAGUGGUGGGAGUAGACGACUACAGCCAGGGUCAGGUGAACAAAUGGACCGCCAGCAUCGUGGAGCGCUGCCUCACUCUGCUGGUCAAACAGGGGAAAGCCUACAAGUACAUCGUGACGUGUGCCGUGAUGCAGAAGACCGGCGCAGGCCUCCACACAGCUAACUCCUGCUACUGGGACACUGCUAUGGAUGGAAGUUGCACUGUUAGAUGGGAAAACCGCACCAUGUACUGCGUGGUCAGUGUGUUCGCUGUGGCUGUCGCAUAGAACACACAUACACACACACACACACACACACACACACACACACACCUAUACAUACAUAUAUAUAUAUACUGUAUAUUAAUAGAUGACCAUCACUACCACCAGAAGCUUGCAGUGUACUCAUGCGACCAGCAGGGGGCAACCAAGUGCCACAGAGUCCAUGCUGCCUCAUUGUAGCUCGACCUUUGACCUCGAAGGAAAAGCUGCAGAGACAACAGCUGUUUGAUUUUUUUUAAUUUUUCCUGGUUUUCAGCCUUUAAACAUCUCUCUGUUAUCUAUCUAUCUUGUCACUGCAGUGCUUUAUAGCUUCACAGUUAACUGUAUUUAUCACCAACGCCUGACUGCAUGCAACAGCUGCAAACACACACACUCAAUUCAUUUCUUCUUCUGUGGUUUUAUUUUAUUUUGUGCAUCAUGUCAAAGAGAGAAAGAGGAUUUUUGUACCCAGAAGGGUUUCCUGCAAGGUAAUAAACUUAUGAUUU